GCAGUCAAUGCUGAGCUGUGUCUGACGAUUUGUGGACAAAAUAAUGCGUCACAUUUUUGCUGAUGACAGGAGAUGUGGUAUUAAAUCCUCUUUAACUCAUAUAUUUAGAUAUAGAUAUAUCUAAAUAUAUCUAUAUAGAUAUAUUAGAGUUUCAUAUUAUAGAUAUUAUUAAAGUCAAAGUAGGAUUAAAAUGGAAAGUAAGUUUUGUAUAGCUUGUCUCUGUUGUGAUCUUGCAGGCAAAAUCAUUAUAUGAAAAUAAUAACUGCUUUGAAAAACAUAUUUUAACAAUGUUUUCUAAUGUGUUUUCACACUGAAAAAAGCUUCUUACACAAUAGCGUUGAGAAAGUGCAAGUUGCCAAUUUUACCAGGACAAAGUCUUGCACAACUUCUUCACUGUACAUAUAACAAUACAGAGUCCAUGCCUCAACAGCCAAUAGCUAAAGAGUCCAAACUACAGAAAAAGCAGCAAAAAACAUUGAGUGUUUCUCUGUUCCCUCUCUGGGGCAAGGGAGGAAGGGUGUGGUGUUGUCUUAAUGGAAGAAGGAAGGGUGAUGCGUCAGUGAAAAGCAGAGUAAAUCCUAUGUCUUUCUUCUAUCUCGUUUCCUGUUGCAAUCUUCAGACAGUCAAAGACUUCUCUGAUUUCUAUCAGCCUUUUCAUGAACAUACUAAAUCAGAAACACUCAAAUGUUUUCUUGGGCCAGUAAUAAAGUUCUUAGCUUAGACAAACUGUCUAACUAACUAGUGCCCAAAUACUACAUGAAAUAUACCCUCGGACAUAAAUUGCAUUAACUAAAAUCCCUGCAUUAAAAAUAAUUCUCAAGUAAAAGUGUAUGAUCAAUAGCAGGAUAUACGGAAACUACCACAAGCAGUAGUACAAGUGCUCAGAAUGUCCCCUGUGAGUGUCUAUAUGUAAUAUAAAUAUAUAUAAUAUAUACUAUAGUAACAUUUUAAUUUUGUUGUUGAAGAGGAGUAAAAAAAUCUCAUAUUUUAAAACGUAAUCACAUGUUUUGCACGUAUAGAUAAUAAAUAUUAAUCAAUGUGAGUAUAAAGUAUAAUGUUUAUCUUUUUUUAUGUUUUGGGGUAGAAGUUAAAGUUGUAUGAAACAGAAGUACAUGCACAGCAGAUCUGUACUAUAGUGCACAGCACUUAUGCAAAUAUACCUAUAGACUCAAAGGACAGACCGACUCUGUGCCACUGUACUCCAGCUUGACUUGUAUUGUCUGUUAUUCAUUAUGAACACUCUUUAUAUCAAAAAAAUUGGGAUAAUUCCUCACUUAAUAAAAUCCAUCUGAUGUGGAGAUAUAAAUGUUUACAUGGAUUUAGUUUGAGAUCCUCUUUCCCUCAUGAAUGAAAGUGAAAGAAUUAAAAUUCUGGAGGAAACACCACCCAAUAGGAUUUGUCAGGACCUGGGAACCAGAGGCUAUUAUGAGUAAUGACACAUAGCUAAUUUAUAGAUCAUCAGAAAAAGGCUUAAUACGAUUGUAAAGCCACAAGUUAAAACAUUUGACACAUUUAAAACGGCGCCUCACUAAUGAUCAGUGUACUUCAUAAACUAUAAUGUAUUAUCAAUGCAUGCCAACAAUUCAUUUUAAUUGCAGUGUUACAGCAGUGUAAAUAAGAAGAAUUGGCAGCAGGUCAAGUUUGUUGAAUUAUUCUUCCAGAGUUUUUGUGAGCGAGAGAAUGUCUCUGAAAACGUCCGGGUCGUUGGAGGAGUCCCUGGUAAACUCUUCCUCAUCAUGCAACCACAACACGACCCUCUGGGAACAGAGCAUGGAGACGAUGUACACCUAUUUCUACCUGCUGCUCUUCAUCCCGGGCCUGCUGCUCAACACCACUGCUCUCUGGGUCCUCUGCAGACAUAUAAGUAAGAAGACCAAGGCAGUGAUAUUCAUGAUCAACCUGGCAUUAGCUGACCUGGCCCACAUCCUCUCUCUGCCCCUCAGGAUAUAUUAUUACUUCACACACAGCUGGCCUUUUGGAGGAGGCGUCUGCUUGUUCUGCUUCUACCUCAAAUACCUCAACAUGUAUGCUGCCAUAGUGUUUCUGGUGUGUAUCAGCGUGCAGCGUUGCGUCUUCCUGCUCCACCCGUUCACUGCUCGUCAGUGGAGACGGCGCUACGACCUGUUGAUCAGCGUUGUAGUGUGGGUGGUGGUCAGCCUGGCCUGCUCGCCAUUCAUUCUGAUGCGGAGCAGCAGUAGUGUCCCCAGUGCCAGCCUCAGUACACAGACAAUCUAUAACAUGUCAGAUUUUUGGGAUGCCACUUCUACCCAACAUCCCUUAGGUUACACCAAACUAGAACCACAUUUGAGUGUAAGCCCCAGUGGACUUGUGCCAGUCUCUAGUCCCAGUUCUGCCAAAGUGGGUUGUUUUAAAGACUUGCCCAUGCGGCGUCUGCCUCUUUCUCUGGCCGUCACCAUGAUGGCUCUAGCUGAGCUGUUUGGUUUCUUCAUUCCUUUGACCUGCAUCACUUACAGCUCCAUCCGCAUUGUCCGGUCCCUCAACCAAAGACAGACCCAGGAUGAGCAACGCUCGACCAUUCUGAACUCCUCUGCACGCAGCCGACUUCAGUCUGUCACCUCCAACGGUCAGACGGAUAAAGUCCACGGCAGGCUGACCAGCGGCGAGAAGCAACGCGCCCUGCGGAUGGUGCUGGGCUGCUCGGCCCUUUUCCUGUUUUGCUUCGCCCCCUACCACCUUAACUUCAUGCUCUACCUGAUGGUGUCACAGGGCAUAGUGACCCACUGCGGCACCAGACAGGCUGUGGGUCAGUUCCACCCGGUGUCUCUGUGCAUGGCGAGCCUGAGCUGCUGCCUCAACCCGCUGCUCUAUUAUUUUCUGACAGCCGAGUUCAGGCUGCACCUCACCAGACGCACCUCCUCCUUCUCCACCUCGUUCCUCUCCUCGCCGAUUAACUCCCCGAGUCAGCGCGCAGCACCUCGCAGGGUGUUGAGCAUGGAGAGUUCCUGCUCAGAACGGGAGUAGAAUGGAUAGAAAGGAAAGAGCCGAACAUGGCAAACACAAACAUCUCCGUGAUGCAUCGUGUUAAACUUGACGUCACAAGAUGAUUUCACGCUAAAGAGCAUUGGCCUCAAUGUCCUUUGGAUCGAAGACUUUGAACUGAAAUGAUGUAUAUCUAUGUUUCAUGAGAGUGAAUCUAUUGUCCGCUGCCCCAGGUAGGAAGCUGUGUGUGUUUGCAUCAUAUCCCCUGCCCUCAAACCACAACUUUAACAACUUUAGAUACGCUAGAUUGCAACAGUCACAGCUGUAUUUGAAUGCAUGUAAAUGAUCUCAUUAAAAAGGCUGUUUUGUGCUUUCGGUC